CACCCCUCCUAAAACCUCCCUCCCUCCCUCCCUCCCUCCCAGAAAUUUAGACCUCAAAAAAUGAAAUUCUCCACCAUGAAGUCUCAUUUCAGGUGUCCAUCCCAACCCAAUCUCAGCAUUCUACCUUCAAAACCUCCUCACCUCCUUCCAAUCACCAACCCCUCAUUCACAAAAUACCCUCCAAAACCACCACCAAAACCUCAAGCAAAAUUGAAAAUCCACCCCAGAAAAUUUGCAAACCACCCCACAAAUCCAAGCCACCCAACUAAGCCCAUAGCCCACUCAAUUGACAAAACACCCCCAAAUCAAAACUUUCUAGAAGACCCCUCAGAUGGGUUUUCCAGGAUGGUGGUCUUGGGUGCAACUUCUCUUGGGCUUGCACUUCUUCUUCUUGGAAUUGAUGGUGGCCCUGAGGCCUUGGCUCUUGGCCCAGGUGGGCCCAUGAUGGAAGAUUUCUGGGACAACAUCAGGAGAUAUGGUCUGUACAUUCUCACAGUCAGCACAGGUGUGAUCUACACCAUAUUCCAGCCUAUAUUGGAGUUGUUGAAGAAUCCUAUCUCAGCAAUCCUUAUAAUUGCAAUCUUUGGGGGCAGUAUUUACAUUAUGACCCAAGUCCUUAGUCUCAUGUUUGGCAUUUCUGAGUUUGCUUAUGAUUACGGAUAUUAGAUGGAUUAAGUUCCUUAUUUUUGUAAUUUUCUAUUGUUACAAUGGCUAUAAGAUAAAUGUUUUAUA